CCUCCUCAGAUGACGCAUUUUCCGCCAAGAUGGUUGUCGGUGCCUUUCCGAUUGCAAAGCUGCUCUAUCUAGGCGUGCGACAAUUGGGAAAACCAGUGGCUAACAGGAUAAAAGCAGGCGCGCGGAGGAGUGAAUUCUUUAAGAAUUAUAUCUGCCUUCCUCCAGCCCAAGCAUAUCACUGGAUCGAGAUGAAAACAAAGAUGAGAAUCAUGGGUUUCCGUGGCUCCACCAUCAAACCCUUGAACGAAGAAGCAGCUGCGGAGCUCGGAGCAGAGCUGCUCGGCGAGGCCAUUAUCUUCAUCAUCGGCGGAGGUUGCAUGGUCCUCGAGUACAGCCGUCAGGCCGCCAACUCCAGACGCAAGGAAGAGGAACUCACACAAACCAUUAACAGUCUGCAGACACAGCUAGGAGAGCUGGCACUAGCCACAGAGACACUGGAUGCCCAAAUCAGAGAGGUUAAUAGACUUCUGUUGUCCCUCCCAGCAGCCCCAAGUACCAAGUAACAAUAUGCAUCACUAACAACAUGUCCUUACUAAGGAGAGUAAAGAGACUGGUUUAUGGGGACGUUUCAGUUGUGGUGCAGCACUGCCAUAUUUAUACACACACAGAAAGUCUUGGUUAAGCCUCUCAUAUACACAAAGCUCUAAAAAAGAGGAAGGAACAGAGAGAGAGUUUGUGUGUGAUAAUUGACUGACCUCCAGCAUAACAUAAUAAAAGCUUCUGAUUCGUUGUCUGAUUGGUUGAAUGAUGCUGUUUUCAAAUGAAAGUUGUUGGUUAUUUGAUGGCGCUGUUAAACCAUUACCAACGUUUGACCACUUAUUAUUCUGCACACCAUUAUUUCAUAACAUUUCAGUCAUUCUUUUCCAUUUUUCCAUUGUUUAAUGAAAUUGGUAUUCAGUUUUAGCUUGAAUGUAACACGCUGUCAGAGUUGGGCAUUCAUCAUUCACUAAUGAUCUGAAAAUGCACUUGAAUUGUGAAUACUUGAAUGACAAAAUCCAUAUAGUAAGUAUGGAUGUGUCCCUCGAUAUAGGAAACAGAGCCUGUCUCUGUGUGUGCUGCAAGAAAAUACCCAUCGCAUCAAAAGACUGCUGUGUUUAAAAUGGCGAGUGUAUAUGGGUGUAUAUUUCAGUGUAAAAUAAAGUUAAAUAUUCUAUGA